AUGGAAAACAAUGGGAUCAGUAAUGUCUUUACCGUUCAUAGUAAUGUCGGGUAUAUAGCCACCUUAUUGCUGAACUUAGCGCUUUUGUUACUGACGACGAACAACCCCAAGUUGGACAAUUAUGUCCUUGUGCUUACUGGGUAUCUAGUGGUGCGAACACAACAUGACGAUUGGAUGGAAGGAGACGAGCAUUUGGCAAGAUCUUCCUUAGAAAUCGACUCACGCGAACAUCGGGUCAGGGCUACGCUGAAGACAUACAAGCAUCUUCUUUACAGCUAUGUACUGUUUGGUUGUCUGCCUCUCGAGCCAUACCUGACGUCUUCUUGGACCGGGGCUGAAUACCACCGGAACUCUCGUUACCAUUUGCCAGCUCAGCAAGCGACUACCUCGACUAUGAGUGCCGCUGAGUCACUUAUUCUGCAGUUCCUGGACCAUACACAACUUAUCUUGCUGACCGUGGUACUGGCGCAAAUCAGUUGCUUGCGGAAAGCAUCCAGCAAGCUGUUUGCAAUGAAAAUAUCAAGCUUGAAAACUGUCUUGAUUCAAUAUCGAAAAGUAGAUUCGUUCAUUCCUCUUUCACCUUCGGCAUCCCUUCUCACAUCUACAAAGAUCCCUACUGCAGCUCUGGAAAAUGUACUUGACAGAAAGCUGUUUUCGAACAAUCUUUUCGCACUCAGCUUGUCUAUCGUCUUCUACGGAUAUUGA